AUGAACGAGGAGGACGAGUUCGGCAUGAGCAAGACGACUCGGGAUGCAGACCCGAUGGAGCAGGAGAACAAGAGCGCCGUGAAGGACCACCCGGACUUCAACUUCCUGGACCCGGAAGAGAUCCGCGCGGCUGUGACGUCCGAAGACAAGCGAGCAGUGCCUCUGUGGAUGGCAAAGCUGCCAGUGGAGAAAGAUCCGAGCCAGUGGACCAUUUUGGAGGUGCAGAUCCGACCCGACCGUGCCUGGGAGGUCAUCAAGGAGCUGAUCGCCACUGUCUGCAUCGGCAAAGGCCUCUUGGUGACCGAAGAGCACGCCAACUCGGUGCUGUUCCGGAAGAAAGUGACGCAGGAAUCUGUGGCCCACGGCAUGGCCAAUACGGCCACGUUCCUCAAUGUUUUUGUACAUGCCGGAGUGUCUCCGUCGAAGCUGCGUGUGGUGGACAUCUGCACGCUGGUGUCGGACGAGAACAAGCUGCUCGGUGGCAUGAUGUCCACUGGGAGAAGCAGCUUGUGGGUUGGAGAAGAUCACAAUCAGCAGCACAAGUAUGCUUUGGACCAACUGCUGGGGGCCCUGCAGUCAACUCUGCUUAGCCAGUGUCUGCCAUUGAGUCAUUUGUACAUGUCCACUCCAGAAAACUCCAUGGAUUCAGUUGAGAACGCAGAGCUGGAUGAAGGAUAUGUUGCUGACUUGAAAAGAGCGUUUAGCAGGUGGAGUGUUGUGUCUGUCUUGUGGCAAAACUGUUUGACCUGA